AUGCAUCUCUACUUUACUCCAAACAGGUUUUCCAUCAUCGAUUUCGGGAAUUCCUACGAGAUUUUCGGUCGCGACUACCCCUCUGGCAUCUCCGGGUGCAUGUAUGAAUUUUUGCAGGGCGGGAUGUUGAUGAAGCCGGAGCGCAUUUUUCGCGUUUUUCCCUUCCGAGAAGACGUGUCGGAAUCCGAACGGGAGUACGUGAAGCAGAGACUGAUGAACGCGAGCCGCAAGGCGUUCGACGAGUAUUUCGAGUUGAUGGAAGCCCAGGCGGGGAAUAACGGCGACAAUCCAAACGAUUCCAUCACGCCCGAGCAGGACCACCCCGGGUUGCUUGAGCAGGACAUCGCGAAAGAGGUCGACGCGUUGUACGAGGGCAAUCUCUCCGAGGUGGUUUUCUCCAAAACCUACUUUGAGCUCGUCGCCAACCGGCACUUGUUCGACCCGCACCCGGCCUUCGAGGGGUUCAUGAAGUGCCUCGCGAUGCACUGGAUCGGCGGCUUCAAGAUGCUCGUCGCCGGGCUCGAGGAGUCCAUGCCGGAUGGGUGUUUAUGUCCCGUGGUGCAAGAGAAUAUUAAGAGUCUCUUGUCCCAAACCUUAUCCCCCAAGAAUUUCCUGAAUCUAAAACGCCCUGAUGGACUCCAACAACUUGUUCCAAAUGGAGAUAGCACCGGCGGGUCAAAGUCAACAUCAGGCGGGACGAAGGAGCUACAGCCUUGGAACAAGGCCUUCAGGUCACCGUUCCCGAUGGUCGAGAAACAAGUACUUUCCGGCGUUUCAAAGGCGAAAGGUGCACAGGACACGUGGGACCUGUACAUGAACGAGAAGGAAAAGAAUCGGAGAAACCUGCUCUGGAAAUACCACAUCGUCCCCCACAUGACCAACUACGCGCCGAAGACACUGGAAACCCUGCGCAUGAUGCACAGGGGAUUCACCGGGGUGCGGGCGGUGUUUGGGAGGAGAGGGUCAUAA